GCUAGUGAGCAGCAGCGGCGGUGGUGAUUCCGUGAGCGUUGUGACGUCACCGUCGGGGAUCUCCUCGCCCUACCGUCUCCUCCCUCCCCCUGCUGGGCACAAUCUAAGGAGCUGGAAUCCUGGAGGGGGUCCUUUCAUAAUUUUUCGGGGGGGAUUAUAGAUAGCUGACGUCAGCAGAAGGGGAAGCCACGCCCAUUCUGUAUUUUGGGGUACUUUUGCAUUAAAGGGGAGUGAUAAGCCGCCAUGCUGUUUUAAGGAACUAGUUUGACCUUUGUGACCUGGGAACCCCCCAUGGUUGUGGGUUGCAGGCGGCCAUUUUAGUUGGUUAUGAUCUUGGGGGUGUAAGGUUAAAGGUCAUUGCUAUAGCAGGUAAUUGCUUGACCCUAGACGCUCGCCAGUAUAGCCGCCAUGGUGGGUUCAGAUGUGCAGCCCUGUUUCCAGCUGCUUCGUAUGGGUUCCGACCUCGGGGGCGUUCCGACAUCCACCUCCCCUAGCGCCCCCUCCCAGGACCUGUAUACCUUCUUACCCGACUCCUCGCGAUGUGUCUACCGGCUCGGAGCGCGGCCAGACUUGUGUGACGUUCCUCUUCCCGGGAAACCUCAGGUCCACGCGGAGAUCCACGCCGAACGAGAAGUCAGCGGAGACUGGCGGGUGACCCUGGAGAGCUGUUCAUCCAACAGCGGUAUUUAUAUUAAUGAGGCUCAUCUCCAGCGUGGCCAGCGGUUGGAGUUGUCAGACGGAGACCUUCUUCGCUUCCAGGAGGGGCCUCCUUCACCAUCCCCCGAUACAUAUUUCCUUUUCCAGCGGGUUCGCGUGCGACCUUUGGAUUUCUGCGCCAUCACGUCACCCCGCGCUCGUACCUCCUUCCCCGGAUUCACUCCCGUAGUCGGAACCCGCAGUUUAGGAGGGGGACGUGGAGCACCUCCUCAUUACACGACAGGAGCCACCGUCAUCCUCAACUCCAUCGGAAGCAUCAGCAAGAUGAAGCGUGAGAGGAUGCACAGCGGGGGACUGAUUGGAGGGACUGUGGAACUGGCUAAGCCGCCUACUCCUGACCUGCCGCUGCCGUCUCGUACGGGUCUGGAGAGAAGGAGCAGUCGCAGGAAGGCCCAGCACAAGGUCCUCUGUGAGUUGGAGGAAGAUGAGGAGGACAGGCCGGUGGAAGAAGGAAACGGAAAGCGGAAAAGAAAAAGAGGACGGCGGAAGGAAGACGAGAAAAGAUUGGCUGUACAACAGCUGGAGAUAGGAAGGAAGCCUCGUGGUCGUCCAAGAAAGAACCCGACUCUUCCUCUGGUUGUGUCCCAGACGGUGUCCAGUGCAGAGCCGUGCGCGUGGCGAUCUUGCCGCCUCCCGCAGGAGGACACAGUCAGCUGGGUGCAAUGCGACCGCUGCGAUUCCUGGUACCACGUCGUGUGCAUUGGACGCAGCCUGACCUCCGUACAAGACACAGACUUCCACUGCGGCUGCACGUGACCAGGCCUGUGAACACUACAUUUCCUCGUCCUCUCUUCGUCUUUCCAUCUUUACCACUUCUCUAUGUGCGAUGCGAGCUGCGGCCCCUCUUGGCGGUUGCAGAUUUCACGUCACUACCUAAGUUUCUUCGUUUUUUCUGCAUCUUUCGAGGCAUUAGACUAAAGGCUGUCAGAUCUGUCUACGUGGGUUUUAGCCGUGCACUAUAGGGACCUUAUUCUACUGAACUGCCAACCCCCUUCGUUAUUUAACCCGUGUUCCUGGGCUCAGUCCAGGUAAUGAUUCUCUUUAGAAAGUACCACACCGAAUCCAUACGAAGCUUCUCAUCCUGGACAGAUCUGCAACAGACUCUUUUUUUAUUGGAAUUUUCAGGCUUUUUGAGAUUGGCAGAAAAAAAUAGACUUUUAUAUAUAUUUUACCACUUGGUAAAGAGAUCCCUAAAGUUAAAUCUAAGCUGACCAUGCAUUAAAGCAAAGGACUGGACACAGCGAGGCGUCGUAUAUAAAAACUGGUUGCAGUGGGCGGCCGAGGUCUGGUUGGUUGCAGCGGGAAAAUUUGACGCUUGUCUAUGCUAGUGGUUUUUUUGUUAUUUUUUUUUUAUGCAGGAGCCAUUCUGUCCUAUGUAGAGGUUAUUUGGGACCAAGCGGGAGUCUGACCUCUUCCAGCAUCUCCAUUCACCCCCAAAUUACUAAGAACGAUUUCACUGAACGGGUAUAGAGCAAACGGACGAAUAUGAGCACUGUUUAACUUAACGCUACAAUUAAUUACAUGGUGGUUAAAGGGGUUAUCCAAGACUAUUAAAUGUCCCUCACAA